UAUCUAAAGUGUUACUUAUUUAAUUGAAAACCUUCUUCCAUUUUAUCACCUCAUAUAGAGAUAUAUUUGAGACUCAAACAAGCAAUUGCAUUUGCUUUUAAUUUCAGUUUAUAGAAGGAGUUGGUGAUUUCCGAGCAGUAAUUUAGUUCCAGCCCAUUCCAGGAAUUUUCAAUCUCAAUACUCCUCCUCUGCUUACUCUUAAAUUUUUAUCAUCUGUGGUUUUAAAGGUCAUUUUAACAUUUAACAGAUAAAUGUACUUACUGCCUCGACUUUGUUUAACUUUAACAAAGCGUACCACUGGAGAAAGAAACAGAUAUGCAGGAUCCAAGUUAUGAGAGGAGCAAGGAUAUUUUAAUUCGGAAGCACUUCAAACAGUAUUGAAAGGGCUUUUGGAAACGUUUUGGUGUGUCAUUAUAAAAAAAAAUGUAUUCUCAGUGCUGAACACUGCAACAAACUGCUGCAAUUCCAGGUAACUGACAAAAUUGAGUGAAAAAUAUUUCAGGAUCCAUUUUCUUCCUUGAAGAUGUCCAGCUCUCAAUGAAAAAUCAUGGAACUGGCAGAACUACAAAUGGAUUCAGUCACGCAGAUGACCUUGACUCUCCUGAGUGGCACAGGAGCCUAUGCCUCACCUCGUGUCAAAAACAGUUUGGCUCUAAUCUUCGGCAUUCGUUUCCUUGUGGUUAUCAUCAACACAUUCACCAUUUGGAAGGAUGACCUGCUCGAUCUGCAGUGUAAUUCCACCCGGGUGGGCUGUCGCCACCAGUGUUAUACCGAGUUUUCACCUCUGUCACCAUUUACCUUAUUCACACUGCAACUCGUGUUCAUUUUCACCCUCUCGAUGGCAAACUAUUUAUACAACAGUCUGUAUGCAUCAGAAGGCAGAGAAUGGAAGACAGGCUUUAUCAACAUGCUUGCCAAAAUACUAAUUGAAGGAUUCUUCCUCUUUUUGCAUCAUAUGCUCUACCCAAAUAUACUGAGGCCACACAUGUUUGAAUGUCACAUAACUCCCUGUGAGAAGACUGUGGUUUGUGUAAUGUUGAAAAGCCAACAGAAAGAUGUCUUUGUGAUGUUUAUGUACACAUGUUCAUUUGCUUCUCUCUUGCUUGGGGUAAGAGAGAUAUACUCUUCAGUAGCAAAACAUACUUUUAAAACCUACAUAUAAUAUACAGCCUGGAUAUUACUUUUUUUUAACAUAUACAAUGUACUUACAGAUUAUAUUCAUAUUGCAAGCAACCUUGUCAUCUCCACAUUAAUUAGUCUGAUUGCAAAUUAACUUUCUGGUCAAUAAAUCAGGGGUUUGAUGUUUGGUUGGCGGUUAAUGAGAAGUGGGCUUAUGCUCAAGCAUAUCACAUGAAGGUUAAUUACGCAUGAAGAAUAGAGAUUGGGUAGUCAGGAUUUGUGUAAUGUUACACAUGGAAAGAAUAAUCUCAUCCAGUUGCAAUAAUUAGUGUUGAAGAAAGAAAGAUUGUUGGGUUAGGUACUAAAGCAACAAUAAAAGCGAAGGAAAGGGCACAGAAAUAGAAUGGGUUUUCUCUUCAUAGAAAUGAUCGAUGAUUGCCCAACCUUUACACCAAAUUUCAUAUUGCUCCUUAAAAAUUUUUGUCCAACCUCCUUUAAAAUGUGCCCUUCUAUUCAAGAAACAUUACUUAAAAACUUGGUCAGAGGUAGGUUUCAGGAAUCCUCAUGAAGCAGAGGGAGGAAAAAAAAAGUUAGUGUGUGC